AUGGCAGCAGUAGCUGUGCCUCCCUCGCCCCAGGUCGUAGACGUCAUGGCCAACCGUCGCGUCCCCCUCGCAAACCUCCACAAUGCCACAAACUCGCCCAUGCGCGCGACUGCCAUUGGCGGCAAGCGUCAACGCUCCCACGCCAGCGAGCAACGCGACCUCACCUAUGGUCAGCCACCCGCCAAGAAGCUUAUGGUAGAGGAUGAUGCAGACGCACGUCGCUCUGGGCUCGUUCGCCGGAGUGCUGCUCCACCGACUGCGCUUACGAAGAAGCUGGAAGCGGCACGCGAGCAGAAGGUGGCAUCCAGGACCACUCGACCCAACACACGAGGCCCCGAGGUUAAUGCUAGCAACCUCGAGACGAUCCGCAAUUGGCAACGACACUAUCGAAAACUCUUCCCGCAGUUCGUCUUUUGGUUCGAGAGCGUUCCUGAUGACAUCAAAUCCAAAGUCUCCAGACAGGCGCAGAUCCUAGGCUCCCGUGAAGCCAAGUUCUUCUCUCGUGAAGUCACCCAUGUCAUCACCGCUCGUCCCAUUGGACCCGAAUUCGAUUCGUCCAGCUCGUCGAUCGCUGCUAAGGGCACCGUAAACCCAGCUCAGCUCGAAUCGAAGAGAUCUGUUUUCGACAAUGCUCUCGAAAUCCAAAAGACUGGUGGUGGAGACAUACUGCAUAAGGCCAAGGACCUGGGAAUGAAAAUCUGGGCUCUUGACAAGCUUCAGCGUAUGCUUGAUACUAUGUUCAACACUGCUACUGGGGAGGAUGUGACACAAUACAUUGCACGUAAUGGGGCCACAGCGCUGCAACCGACAGCUCGUCGUGACCUACAGAAGCUGUUGGAGCAAGAGAAGCUUAGUCGGCCGAUGGACCGCGAUUACUCUGUGGCCGCGCAGGACAUGAUUCCCCUUCGCGGCUUCUACAUCUACAUCCACGAUAUGGAUGAGUUGACGCGCCCUGUCAUGGUCCGGGAGUACUCCAAGGUUCAGAAGAAAGAAGAUGGCAAAUGGCCACAAUUCCGCGUUUCUGGAAACUAUAAGUGCCCUUUUAUCGAGGACCGCGAAGCCGUUCGUAGACAGCAAAUCGAAGAGCAGGACGCACGACACGCACGGAGGAUGGCGAACGCUGCUCCGCGCACAAGGGCUGUCACGGCCGCUCUGGACGAGAAACGUGCUCUGGGAGACAAUCCUAACCUCGCCCGGCGUAGCAACACCACCACUGCCGUUCCUAUAAAGGAAGAAAACACUGAGUGUGCCGGGGUUCCAAAGGCUCUUCAGACCACGCGAGAUGGCAUCCCUCCUAUGUUCGGCAGUGCUCAGGCUAGCCUGCGUACUAUGCCACGAUUCAUUGGCGGCGAACCUGUGGCCUCUGGCCUACACCAAUCGAACAUCACGUCCGCUAUCCAAUCUCAGAUGAUUUCGUCUACAGCUGCAGCACCCGGUGCCCGCGCUGGCAAUAGCAAAGAGGUCAAUCAGUUGAAGAGAAAGGUUCUGGAGAGGAACAGCGCACCAUCUGUGAACAGCGGUCAUUCAUCUACUAUGGGCGAUGCUUCUUUACGGGCGGCAUUGAACCAAGACCACCCCCAGCCCACGCGUGCUGCCAAACGCAAAGCUCAAGAAACUCUCGGACAAGUCCGCGAGGAUACCGAUGAGGAGAGGAAAGUCAGGAAAGCUGUAGCAUUGCGUCGCAAAAAGCCCGUCGAGAAGGAGCUCAAGCCUGGCUAUUGCGAAAAUUGCAGAGAGAAGUUCAAUGAUUUUGAUGAGCAUGUUGUAUCACGCAAGCAUCGCAAGUUCGCAGUAACGGCCGAUAACUGGAUGGAGCUUGAUCAGCUUCUCGCCCAGCUUACCCGUGAAUGA